CUGCAAAGCAACCCUGAUAAGCUGUCGUGUAAUUUGUUACGUAUGCGUUUUUAGUUACCCAGGUAAACGGGUCGGGGUAGUUCGUGCAAGCGAGAGCAACGUGACACUCGAUAGCAUGAUGUUGCUAUAGUCGGCAUGACCCCACAAUUUGCAGAGGUGGCGGGAGGCGCUAGCCCUUGUUGACACCGUUAUGAUAUAGGACAUAUAGAGUCAACUGCCAGUAAGCCGAAUAGCUCGUUGCUGAGUAGACACUCUGAAUCUUGCAAGAUGAAGCUUCCAUCUUCGUUGUCGUCUUGGGCGUGGGUGGUCUCGUUGCGUUGGGGUCUCGCCGAGGCACAAUUCAAUAACCCUGAAGGAGUAGAUAUAUGGUGUGGCAAAGCAUACCGUCCGGCGAAUGCCUCGUUCAACCCUGGCGGAUGGUUCGAGGAACCGCCAAAGUCAGACGUUCCUCUGCUAAAUCUUCGGGUAAAGCCACGAAUGAGCAUAUAUCUUGAGACAGAUGAUGAAGCAAGUCUCCUGAUCACCACAGCAGUCUCGGAUCAAAUAGGACAGCCGCUUCCUGCCAAUUACACGGGAACAUAUGCAUACGAUUCCGAGAACUUGAGCGUCGAUAUCAUCUAUGAUGGCGCGGCUAUUGGCACAGCAGUGCUUAGUGUCGGCUCAGUUGAUGUAGAAGUUCCAAUCAAAUUGGACCAGUUCACUUCUGGCCUUGACGGGCUCAAUAUCAGCAUUCGGGCGACUCUCGGCAAAGCGUACACUUACGAGGCAUCAACAGAAAUAUUUAAGCUGCCGCUGCCCGAGAACUACGGCAGCGUGUCGCGUCUUGACAACCUGUACGGAGGCCUUUGGGUGCAGAGGGAAGAUGAGGUCUGGCGGCACAUCUUCCCCUACACGUACUAUGUCCAAUGGAGUCUUUACUGGGAUGCCAACAUCACAACCUUGGAUGAUUUUGCGGCUCUCGGGUACAAUGUCAUUCAUAUAGUACCCACCGGAACGCUUGGCGAUAAGCCGUUUCCAUGGGAUCAGUUCGAGCCAUACCUUGACCGUGCGGACGAGCUCGGUCUGUAUCUGCAAUAUGACGUGAUCUGGGAUUAUGCCAAUCUGACAGGCAUGAUUGAGCAAGUGGAACGCAUACGAAAUCAUAGAUCGCUACUCGUUUGGUACCAAUCAGACGAACCAGACGGCAAGUCCAACCCGAUCAACUCGACGGGAAUCGCCUACCAGAAGAUCCGUGAGCUCGACCCCUACCACCCGGCAUCCCUGGCGCUCAACUGCUACGACUUCUACUACACCGACUAUGCCAGCGGCGCCGACAUCAUCACGCCCGACGUGUACCCCAUCUCCACCAACACGUCCUACUCCACCGUGUACGACACGGUAUGCAACGCCACGUACGGGUGCUGCGGCUGCGACGACUGCGACGGCACCUUCGAGGACAUCGCGGAGCGCCUCGACGAGUUCCGCCGCCGCGACGAGCUGAUCGGCUGGUCCAAGUCGCAGUGGUUCGCGCCGCAGGCCUUCGGGAACGAGACGUUCUGGACCCGGUACCCCACGGCGGCGGAGGAGGUGGUCAUGACGCUCCUCGCCGUCAACCACGGGGCGAAAGGCAUCGUGAUGUGGGACUACCCGACGACGGCGGAGAUAUUGAACGUCACGAAUCACUUGGCGGGUGUGCUUACCAGUGACACGAUUGCUGACUUUCUUCUCGGCGCACCUCUGACACAGACUCUGCCUGUGGCUGGCGGCAGUCGGAUUGAUGCGGCGGCAUGGGUGAACAAAGGUGCAGGACAGGCCCUGGUCAGUAUCGUGAACAUGAAUUAUGGUGAUGUUGGGGCCGCGAUUGAGGUCAGUGCCCCGGAUGGCACCUCUUUCUCUUCAGUUGCGGAGACGCUCUGGGGAGAUAUACAGUGGGACAUUGAGAGCGGAUCAGUAUCUAGUGAUAUGGGGAUGCUGGGCUUACAAGUGUCUGUAUUGCUGAUGAACAUGACUGCGACUUAGAAGUAGGAAUGCACUGAACAUAUCACAAAUUGGGAACAACCUCUUUAUUGAUCUUGUGGGGCUCUACAAUAUCUGAUACCAUCUCGUACACUCAGGAAAUAUCAUGUCAAAG